AUGAUUGGGCCGGUCUUGCAUUUACAUGUCCUAUCAAGGAAAGCUUUAUUGAUUUAUUAUUCAUUUUCGGCAAAUGUUGAAAUUGAGUUGCCUGUGCCAUCAGAUGCUACCAAUCCAAAUAUUUGGACAUCGAUGGGAUCUGUUGGUUAUGCUUCCGAAAAUGAUGCAUUGAUGUGGAAAAUAAAAUCUUUUCGUAGUAGCAAGGAAUAUAUGUUGAGAGCAGAAUUCACCUUUCCUAGCAUAACUGAUGAAGAAGCAGCUCCUGAGAGAAAAGCUCUCAUACGUGUGAAGUGCGAGAUACGCUUGCUUUUGCAUGAUGGUGCUUCCUGCUGCUGCAGCUUGUUUUCAACUGACAACCACGCUGCCAUUAGGCUACUGUUUGCAUUUCACUGUUUUUGCACCUUGUCAGAUGAGGAUUUGAUAAAAUUGACAAAAAUGUAUUCUGCCUUUACUUGCCAACCUCUGGAGAAAGUGCAGCAGAAUACUGAAAGGGAUCGUUUCUUGUCUGUUUCGGAGGCUAUGGAGUUUGGUCUCAUUGAUGGGAUACUGAAACAGAAUACUAAAUGCAGAAUCAAAUUUCGUGCGAUAAGCUAUGCAACGUUUGUUGGUGUGGUGCCGGUGCUGAUCAUUAUGAGCCCCUUAUUGUUCAUAUUUCAUCGCUUAUUUCCCAGGAGAAGGUGGCUACUGUACUCUGAAGUCAUUGGACAAAAGGAGAAUGUCCAUUGCACAGCAUUUGAUUAUUUGGUCAUUUCCGAGCCUGAAAUGCAGGUUCUUGUGCCUGUAUUACCCGAGGAAUCAAUCCCGUAG